AUGUCUAUCAGAGGUUACCUCCAUUUGUGUUUGGAAUUUUGCGAAAACCUCGAAGCGCAUCACCAGAUUGAAGAGAUUCGCGUUUUCCCUUUUCUCGCAACACGCAUGCCUGCCUUCGCCAACCAUGACGAAUUGAUCGCGCAGCAUAAAGUCAUCCACAAAGGUCUCGAGAAACUUGAAGCCUAUGCUGAUGACUGUUUACAAGGCAAUAUUGACUUGCGUUACAAUGAGCUAAAAGGAAUACUAGACGCAUUCGGGGCGACUUUAUGGGAGCAUCUGGAUGAUGAAGUGCGGCAAUUAGGUGCAGAGGAGACAAGAAAAUAUUGUCUCCUGGAGCAAGAGGUUCAGAAGUUGGGUGGGCAGAGUCAACCCAGAGCUCCCUCUACGGACCAAGUAGAGCAGCAAUACCGCUCUCAAGACCCACAGAUCGGCUGGAUUCUACCAUCAUGGCUGGCAGGGAACUUGGAGCCCGAUCAGUCAACGAAACUGGAUGAGCAUGAUUCUGAACCGCGUGGGAAAACCAAGUCGCCGCAGGAUAACUCUGCUACACUCAGUGAUGAAUUUGGACGCUUAGUCCUGGACCGAAACAGCGGGACUAGUCGCUAUGUGAACCACCGAGUUUUAACAGGGCUCGCAGAUCAGGUGAAAGAUAUUCGGGACUUAUUUGACGGACUAUCUUCGCCGACACCGUCCGAGGAUGACGUCUCUACGCCUGCCUCAGCAGCGGAUCGGGAAGCUGAAAGCCCUUUUUUAUUCGGUUAUCAUUCGCUAGCAUCUUCAUUACGCUGUUAUCACCCAUCCCCGACCAUCGGACAUCUUCUUUUGAGUGUGUUCGAGGAAAACGUCGCGCCUAUAAUAAGGAUCGUCUUUACAUCCGCAUUGAGAGACUUGAUCCAAGCUGCGGUCACGAAUCCUGACGAACUCGACAAGGGCUCUGAGGCUCUGGUAUUUUCAGUUUAUUUCGCUGCAGCUUCCAGUAUGACAGAAGAACAAUGUCUCGGAGAGAUGGGGGAAACUCAUGCCACCCUGACUAAAAGGUUUCGCUUUGCUGUCGAGCAAGCACUAGCGCGAGCUGGAUUUCUCCAUACCCGCAAACUGAUUGUCGUACAGGCUGCGGUGCUGUUCCUUAGCUGCGCUUCGCACCCCAGGGAUGCUCAUUUUGUCUGGACCAUGAUUGCCGUGGUUACUCGCCUUGGCCUCGGCCUGGGCCUGCACCGGGAUGGCGUUAACUUUGAACUAAGCCCAUACGAAACGGAAAUGCGUCGACGGACCUGGUGGUACAUUUAUCUGUUAGAUGUGCGAACAUCAGAAUCCCAAGCAACUAGCCCUCAGAUACGGGAAGGGGACUAUAACACGCUUCUACCUUUGAACAUCAAUGACGAAGAUCUGGCACCCGAUAUGAUUGAGACUCCAAAGGAACGAAUUGGGUUUACGGAUAUGACCCUAACCCUCGUUCGAUGUGAAAUUCUCAUAUCGCAUCGCAAGUUAGUGCAAAUAAGUGACCCGGCAGUCAGUGUUAGUACCCAGCAAGCAAUACUCGAAAGCCGUCUACUCGCAGUCGACGAGUGCCGACAGGCUCUCGACAAUCGAUACGUCCAACAUUGCGACCUCGGCAUUCCAAUUCAAUGGGUAACGGCAACAAUUGCACGAGUCGCGCUUGCGCGUCUGUGGCUUGUGUCGCACUUCUCACUCAUGACAGCCGACGGAUUCCAGCCAGACCUAUGGCCCGAGAAAUGCGAUGUCCUCAUUCUCACAGCGAUUGAAGUAUUGGAGUUUGUCUAUCUACUCGAAACCCACGAAAACACCGCCCAAUGGUCAUGGUUGUUCCAGGGAUAUGUGCAGUGGCAAUCUUUUGCGUUUGUUCUGUCCGAACUCUGCGUGCGCCCGAUAUCUACACUCGCUGAUCGUGCUUGGAUGGCGGUGAAUCGGGUGUAUGACCGGUGGAAUGGGCCCAUGAGCCACGGACCCGGGUUGAUGAUGCGCUCAUUGGAACGUCUCAGGGCGCGUGCAGCAGCAGCUCGAGAGAGGGAACUCGCUCAAUCACAAAUGGCUGCUCCUAUUCAGCAAAGCUUGGACGAUACGUAUUUUGGGGAAACACGCAUGCUGAAUCAAACAGCGAAGCUCGCUGAAGAUUUACUCGCUGUCGAGACCGCAUCUCUUGAUAUUUUCAGGGGUAUAGUGCACGAUAUAGGCAUAUAA